CUCUAAUUUUAAACAUUCAACGUGAUGUGGGUCUAUCGGGUUAGUUGUUUGUUAAUAUUACAAAUACUGUCUGUACAAAGCUUCUUUCACCAUUAUCCGAAGUUGAAUCUCGACGUAACUGACGAUGGUGAUCCCGGGGAGCCUCUCUUUCUCACGCCGUACAUCGAGAGCGGCAACGUGACAGAAGGCAGGCGCCUGGCGCGAGUGCCCUUCACAGAGAGCCUGCGUAUCAAAAGCUACGCCGGCUAUUUCACUGUGGACAAAAAAUAUGAUUCCAACCAAUUUUUCUGGUACUUCCCUGCUAUGAUAUCUAAAAAGAAGAACGCGCCGGUUAUUGUGUGGCUGCAGGGCGGUCCGGGCGCUUCGUCUCUCUACGGACUCUUCACGGAGAAUGGCCCGCUAAGGGUUCGCAAGAGCAGGUUCGAAAGGAGGAAAUACAAUUGGGCGCUGAGCCAUCACAUCAUAUACAUAGAUAACCCUGUGGGAACAGGCUUCAGCUUUACGAAGGACCCGAGAGGAUAUUGCGUCAACCAAACACAGGUGGGGGAACAACUCUAUUCCACUCUCGUUCAAUUCUUCCAACUGUUCCCCGAGCUGCAAGGAAACAAAUUCUUUAUCACCGGAGAGUCGUACGCUGGUAAAUAUGUCCCAGCGCUGGCCUACACCAUAUACAAGAAAAAUCCAAGUGCCAAAAUAAAAAUCAACCUGAAAGCUCUAGCUAUUGGAAAUGGAUUGAGUGAUCCUGAACACCAAUUAGUCUACAGCAAAUACUUGUACCAAAUUGGCUUGAUCGACUGGAACCAAGCAAAGGUCUUCGCUGAUGCUGAGAGUAAGGCGAUCCAGUUGAUCCAAGAACAGCAGUGGGACAAAGCUUUCGAAGCCUUCGACACUUUACUCAAUGGCGAUUUGAUAAAUGGAAAAAGUGUUUUCUACAAUAUGACCGGCUUCGAAUUCUAUUUCAACUACUUGCACACCAAAGAAUACAUGCAAUUUGAAGACUUUGGACCGAUGAUACAGACAAGUUUUGUUAGGAAAGCUAUUCAUGUUGGGAACUUGACUUUUAAUGUUGGGAAAGAGGUGGAGAAUCAUUUGAAACAAGAUGUAAUGAAAUCUGUUGCACCUUGGAUAUCGGAACUCUUAGAUCAUUAUUAUGUUCUUAUUUACAAUGGACAGCUAGAUAUCAUUGUUGCAUAUCCUCUGACUCUAAACUACUUGAGAAACCUCAACUUUACUGGCUCCAGUGAUUACUUGUCAUCUAAGAGGUACCAGUGGCAUGUGGAUGGGGAAUUGGCAGGGUACGUCAAGCAAGGGGGGAAGCUGGUUGAGAUAAUGGUGAGAAAUGCGGGACACAUGGUGCCCGGAGACCAGCCUAAAUGGGCUCUUGAUAUGAUCACAAGGUUGACUCAUGAAAAGACUUUUACUCACAAAAGGAGGCAUCGUGUAUAAGUAGUUAUUUAGCUAUAGAAAAACAAUGUGGAAUUGGCAAAACAUUCUAUUCUACUAUAAAAUAAGUUACCUAUUCUAAGAAU